GACCUAGCCAUAAACUCUUUCACCUAAUCCCAGAAGAUGGCAGUAUCGCUACUAAACAUGUCGAAGUAGGAGAAGAAGAAGCGCGAGCAGCCUUCACUCUCGCGGUUUUAGUAUGUGACGUCAUUCCAUGAUGGCUGAAGACCCUGGCGGAACCAUUUUUAAUUUUCCUGACAUUUUUGUGUAUUUCUCUUUAACUCGGCUUGCCAUAGAGCCAUGGCAGGACUCACAGCCCCGUUAGUCACUUAUAUAUCACUUGUAUCGACAUGCCCAAGAAAGGGAACCGAAAACGGCUGAAAUUUAAGGCCGGAGACGUUUGCUGCGAAUCAGUCACUGUUGCUGAUUUUGCUAAUGCUGACCCAGCCGUUGUGAAGUCGGGUAGAGUAAAGAAAGCUGUCGCAAAUGCGAUUGAAAAAGAAGUAAAAUUGCUGUGUGGGUUGGAAGCCUCUCAGGGGGCGGUGGAGGAAGUCCUCUCGUCUGCAUUGAGCGUCAGAGCAGACGCUGUGGGCAGCAGUGAUGACCCCGAGGACGAUGAAGAGGAAAGUGAAACUAAAGUGGCCCGCAAGAAGAAAAACAAGAGAAAGAAAGAGAGCAGUGAGAGCAGUGAUGGGGAGGACUAUCCAGUAGAUAUUUGGUUGGUGCUUUCCUCCUACAUUCGACCUGAGGAUGUGUGCAAAUUUUCUUUGAUCUGCAGGAGUGCAUGGACAGUCACUUGCACUGCGGCUUUCUGGACCAGACUCUACAGAAGGCACUACAGGGUUGAAGUUGAUCUGCCGUUUCGCCUCCAGCCUAACUCUAUAAGUAGGAUGCGCUGUCUACGGGCUUGUGUGAUUCGCUCCCUUUUCCAUUUGUACGAGCCGUUUAGCUUGCGUGUUUCAAAAAGUCCUGCACUGCCAGAAUCCACGCCCACAACGCUGCUCAAUUCCAAGUGUUUUCUCUUCUGGAUCAAAAAGGUGUCAGGGACUCGACCCGAAGCAUUGUGGGAGUUCAACUUCAAAUUUAAAAAGCAGGGACAUUUUAAGAAUGGUUGUGCCAAGUCUUUGCAUCUGCCCAAACAAUAUGAAGACGUUCAUAUGAAUCCAGACUCUGACUGCUGUGUGCUUCAGGUCACCACACUUAACUACAUCUUCAUCCCUGUAGUCAUGGGCCUCACUCUUACCCUGUUCACGAUCAAUGUGAGCACGGACAUGCGUCACCACCGUGUCCGUCUGGUGUUCCAGGACUCGCCGGUGCAGCGGGGAAAGAAGAGAGGGGAUCAAGGCGGGAUGCAGGUUGUCUUGGAUCCCGUGCACAGCGUGAAGCUCAUGGACUGGUGGCAUCCACUGUACCCUUUGUUCCCCUUCACAUAAGAUUGUUUGAACCCACCGCAGCAAAUCAGGGACUCUGCUGUACAGGUCCUACAAUGAUCAUAAAACGGAAAACCAAAUCACAAUCAAUGGGACAUUUUGGUUCUAAUACUUUUAAAAAGGAAGCACUGGCUUGAUGAAAUUAUGUGAAUAUUUCAACUGUAGCCACAUGGCUAAGAGAGAGAUUUAUUUGGUUGAAUUGACUGGUGUUGACCAUCAUGCAAACAAACGGUUAUCAUCUGGAAAAUAGUUAUUUUAAGGUGAAAUAUUAAAUCAACAGGGCAGUAUUUACUACUAUUAUUUCAGCACUUGGUUCAUGAUUGUUUCUCCUAUUACACUUACUUGGCAGAUUUUCUUUGAGAUUGGAUACAUUUUAUCAAGGGACUUUUAUUCCUUUCAAUCAGUUUCUGGUUUACCUUUACUGGAGACUCAUCUGACUAUUUUCAUCUCUUGUUUUACAAGAAAGGGGCAAUAUAUAUAAUUUACUUUAGACAUUGUCAUCUGAUUCAACAGGUUUUUCUUUUUAGCAGAUUAUUUGGUGAAUGCUUAAUUAUUUUCUUGCACAUGGCCAAACUAUGCCAUUUACUGCCACAGGUAGUGGUGUUGUGCAUUUGGGUAGAAUGUUAUGGUUGGAUCAAUUAUGCUUAAUGAUGGGGACAGUGCUACCAUUUUCAUGGUUUGACCAUAUUUGAUUUGCAGUCAAAUAUUUCCUUGAUUAGCCUCCAAGGAAAUAGACACAAUUGAACCAACAACAUGUCCUUGUAGUAUUAAAAUUCUUGUUAGAUGUUUUAUCAAUUAUGAAAGGACAACUGGAUGUUUAGGUUAAGUGUAUGUAAAAUGGUGGUUUAGCUUUAUCAAAUGAAAGUGACUUUGAUAAUGUGCACAUUGGAUUUCAAUAAAACUACUGCUCACUCAA